AUGAUGGCACCUUUAGAAAAAAGGCCUCGUCGGUCAGAUGACUACGAUUCAGCACCAGGGGGAGGAAGCAACCCUUACUACGACAACGUUCCCGGUACAUCCCUCACACGAGCUUCUGCCGGCCCAAGCACAAGUACGUCUAUGCAAGCGCCUCACAAUCCAGCAUAUCUCUCAGCAGCUGCUGCGAAUGGUGCUGCUGGUAGUAGCAGUGCGGCUGCCGCGAAUGGCACUCUGGGCAGGGCCGGGAGCCCACUACUCGCUUCGCAUCUUUCAGCACGAUCCCUAGCACAAGCAUCAGCAGGACACAGCCACCACCAGUCCUCAGGUCCAGAAGACAACGAGGAGAUGGCUGCCCCACCAAAGAGCUCUUCUACAUCAGCAGGCACUCGAGGCAGGGGUCGAGGUCGUGGCCGAGCUCGCGGAUCAACAAGAGGCAAAGGUCGAGGCAGAGGUGCAAGUGCUACAGCCGCUUCUCGCCCCUCUGCUGCUGCUGCUGCUGCUGCUGCUGCUGCUGCUGCCAACGCUGUCGACCUCUCGCAUUCUUACUCCGAGGAAGGCUUCAUCAACGGUCACACACUCGACGGCGUAGAAGAGGACCCAGACGAAGCAGCGCCAAAUCCACUUAUCUUCCAAUGUCGUUCCUGCUACCGUUUACUUGGCGACUCGUUCUCGUUCGUUGCGACCGACACAGAUCUCGGCUACGUCAUCCUGUCUGACGUCUCAGAUGUCGUGCAGCAAGAUACGGCCUACGAAACAUCGACAGAACCAGGAAAAGACAUCGGGUCUACCUUCGCACGCUUGCGCUGCGGGGGAUGUCAAGCCAGCGUGGGUCGAAAUUACAGAACAACGCCGAGGGAUCUGGAUGAUUUGCGAGACUGCUUCUCGUUGGAAGUGGAUGCGAUAUCUACGUACAUGCUGGGAAGUGGCUUUACUAAGCAGCUUCCUGGAGACGAAGAAGAGGAUGGAGAGGAGAAGGACAACAGAGAGAGACAAGCAGUGACACUCAGUAGCGGGCAAGGAUUGGAAAGUAAGAUGGAACGCACAAGAGCAUUGACGAUUGAGAUGAGCGACCGGUUGAUCAAGGCUGAGGAAGAUAUCAGGAGGUACAGUGCAUUGGUUGAACAGUUGAUGCAAGAGAAGGCUGAAGCUCAAGCGUCGGCAUCGGCGCCACAACCUGUCGAGGAAGAGACAGCGCCGGAAGCGGUGGCUGCAGAUGAAUCUCAUUCUACACCUCCUCGCCUAUCCAUCGCUGAGCCAACUCCGGCUGCUGCAGAGGAAGAGAUGCCAGAGAAGCCAGCAGAAGAAGCGUCGGUCCAAGAACCAUCUACACCACUAGGAGACGGGAUCAAACCAGAAUCACAAUACAGCUCCACCACAACCAGCAGACCAGCACGCAAAGCUACGACCACCUAUCUCUCCUCGACCAGAAGCAAGCGCAGCUUAGGCGGUGGGAGUAGCAGCAACGGCGUCGUCGUGCUGCUCGACAACUCUAAUAAUAUUAGCUAUUCCUGA